ACAGACAGACAGCAGGGAACAGCUGCAGCAUUAGGUUCGCGUAGGAUUUCACUGCAUUGCGAUUUAAAAAUAUCAAUCAUUUCAUCCCCAAAAACUCAAGUAGAGCAGCUCGACUAAAGCAACCAAAUAUCAUUUAAAAAAUGGUUGAUCGCGAGCAGCUGGUGCAGAAAGCCAGGCUGGCUGAACAGGCUGAGAGAUAUGAUGAUAUGGCAGCUGCAAUGAAAUCGGUAACAGAGCUGAACGAAGCCCUGUCCAACGAGGAGAGGAACCUCUUGUCUGUGGCCUACAAGAAUGUGGUUGGCGCCCGCCGCUCCUCCUGGAGGGUGAUCUCCAGCAUUGAGCAGAAGACCUCAGCCGACGGCAAUGAGAAGAAGAUUGAGAUGGUGAGAGCCUACAGGGAGAAGAUUGAGAAGGAGCUGGAGGCCGUGUGCCAGGAUGUGCUCAACCUUCUGGACAACUUCCUGAUCAAGAACUGCAGCGAGACGCAGCACGAGAGCAAAGUGUUCUACUUGAAGAUGAAGGGCGACUACUACCGGUACCUGGCCGAGGUCGCCACGGGGGAGAAGAGGGCCACCGUGGUGGAGUCGUCGGAGAAGGCCUACAACGAGGCCCACGAGAUCAGCAAGGAGCACAUGCAGCCCACCCACCCCAUCCGCCUGGGCUUAGCUCUCAACUACUCUGUGUUUUACUACGAGAUCCAGAACGCCCCGGAGCAGGCCUGUCAUCUGGCCAAGACCGCCUUCGACGACGCCAUCGCCGAGCUCGACACCCUCAACGAGGACUCCUACAAAGACUCCACUCUCAUCAUGCAGCUGCUCCGAGACAACUUGACACUGUGGACAAGUGACCAGCAGGAUGACGAGGGAGGGGAGGGCAACAAUUAAAGGGAAACCACACUUCGAAAAAAAAUAUAUGAAGGGCCGGUGGACUUUGGCAGCCGCUUUUGCCGAUGAUACUACCGCAGCAGCAGUUCUUUAUUUUUCCAUGUGUUAAAAGAAAAGAAUCAAAAGAGAGGUGAGAGUGGAGGUUAAAUCUUAGUUUAAAUAUAUAUAGAAAUAUAUAUACAGUUGAAAGGGGCCUCCGUCUUCUUGAUUUUCUCUUUGACAUUUGCCAAAACCACUGAUAUGUCAGUCAAUCAGCCUGAAGUGGUUGUUGUUGGAUUGAAAUGGCAGCCUCACACUGGCAUAGGAACUGAUCUUGUUCUGUCAAGAUAAGCUGCUUAGUUAGGUUUUUGCGUGAUAGACAUGCAUUUGAGUCACUUGAGAGAGAAAAUGCUUGAAUGGGAAUGCCUCACAAAAAUAGUUUGCAUUGGUUCCAGUAGUAAGUAGGUAAAUAUAUGAGAAAGAGCCCAGAAAGCCAUUGAUGUAAAACUCACACAAACUAUAGAAAAGAGAUAAACGGAUUAUUAAUCCUCCCCCCCAAAAAAAUAAAAAAUAAAAAAUUUGAACGGAUAAGGAGUGAAAAUGAGGACGUGAUAGCAAAAAAAGAUUCCCCUUCGUUAAAGUGCAGAUUAGUCUGUUAUGUCACUGGAACCAUAGAUUCUUUUGGAGGUGAAGAUUACUAAAGGCAGAGACUUAACAAUAUAAAACAAAAACAAAAAAAAUUACAAAAAAAUAAAAGCAGCUUCAGAGUUUGUGGUUUACUUCUGUGUUUGUUUUAUUAAAUGCACUUGCCUACUAUACUGUUUCUUCAGUGUAAGAUGAUGACAACAAUAAUAUCGAUUAUUCAAUAUUGUGCAUGCUGGUGAUGUAUUUAUAUACAGUAGCUUGACUUUAUUAACUUAUACUGUGGGUGUUAAGUAUUCAUAUGAUUGAGAAAAACAGGCUUUGUCUGAUGUUGAUUUCUAAUUUCUAAUUUAUUUCGUUUUGUUAUGGUUUUUUGAUUUGCUAUACCAAAAUGGUGAUCGUAAAAAUUGACCUGUAAUGGGCGUUGCUAUAGUGACAUGCAAUAUGUGUAUUUAAUUUGUUACUGAAAGAAAAAAAAAGGAAGAUAAAAACUCACCAGUGAUCACUUAAUCUUACCUGCUGGUGUUUGUCACAUUGAAGUAUGAUUAUGAUAUAUUUUGAACAGUAUUUAAGUACUUUUUUCUGUCAUGCUAUCCAGUUUUAAUAAUGGUGAAGUUUUUCAGGCUCAAUGUUUCUGUUAUGAAUUCACAAACAUGGACCAUAUUUUAUUUCUGACAGUAUACAUUUUUUUUGUUUGUUUGUUUUUAUACCUUUUAGCUGUUCCUGAGUGACAAAAUAUCUUGAAUGUGAGUCAUUAUGUAGCAGUUGCACAAGAACCGAAAUAAUAGCUAUGAUAAUAAAAAAGAAUAUGACUAAAUUA